GAACAACAUUGAUCGUCUCAAGUGAACAUCGACAUUUCGCACGAAGCUCCUGCACACAACAUAGUCAACAUGCCAUCGACAGCUACGCUAGGAUGGGAACAGAGCGCCGACGCCUGUCACCCUACUGUGGCCGACCACCUACCCAAUGAAGUCGUCACAUGCCUCACCAACGCUCGAUUCCUCCAUCUCGCAACAUGUACAAACAACGUGCCACAUGUGUCACUCAUGAACUACACCUACCUUCCAUCCCACCCAUUUCCGCAGUCCACGACCACGCAACUCCCCUCUGGCCCCACCAUUAUCAUGACCUCGAACCCCUCAUCGAAGAAAACGCUUAACCUUCUCCAAAACCCGAAUGUGUCAAUCCUCGUCCACGAUUGGGUUUCCUCACGACCGCCGAACUCCAUGUCCGGCAACGAUCGUGAACGCAGUCCCACAGGAGGGCCUCGCUCAUCACUUGCCGCGAUGCUGAUGCAGAUGAACUCGACGGCAGUGAGCUCAAACAGCAUUACGAUGAAUGGCGAAGCUGUGGUUCUGGAGGCCGGGAGUGAAGAGGAGAAGUGGUGCAAGCAGCAGCAUGUUGCAAAUAAUACGUUCGAGGAUGGAGACUCUACGGGGUUGGGGAGGGGCAGUGUGGACGGCACAGGAGACAGUGGGAAAGGAGCGUAUAUCGAAGGAGAAAAUGUGAGAGUUGUGGUCGUGAAGAUCAAGGGCGGUCGAAUAAGUGACUGGAAGGGCAACGUGAGCGACUGGGCUUUGAGAGGGAGCGGUGAGAGCGUCCAAAGUGCAGUGGGUGUAAAUGGGACGUGAAAAGAAGAGAAGUACAGCAAUGCAGUAAUAUGAGCUCGUGAAAAAUCAAAAUACUGGGCUUCUCAGAAUUGAGCACUAUGGUCUCGGGUUCGCAAGAGCGCAACAGGAAGAAGAAUCGAACAAUGAUCUCAACGCAGGUCAUCUCAACUCAGUUGGAGCAGCUGGUCACAUGGUAGGCGUCGGAACGGCGAUGAUUCGAGCACUUUCGAUUUCUCAGGCACGAGCAACACCUGUUCUUGUUUUACUAUACGGCACCUCGGUUCCACGCUUCUCAAGAA